AUGCACAUAUUGGCGGGAACAUCUGUCUCGAACGCCGCUGCCAAAUCUGUGCUGUAUCGUAAACACUCGUCCGCUGAUCUGAGAUCUGCUGACCCUGAGCGCCCGCUGAAGGACGACUCGUCCUUGUGCUCCGUUAUCGCUUACAGAUAUGCAAACCCAGGGCUUUUGUGUUUAGCCAUCAGCUCUGAGCCUCGUUCAUUAUUUUCUGUCCUGCUGAUCCUGAAAAUCUCUGACUUAAACAAAGAGAGAGUGAAGGAGCCUCCUCUGAUUUACUACAGACCGCAACAGGAGUGUGUGGCCACCGAGGAAAACCCGCAGGUGUUCUUCUGCUGCUGCGAAGGCAACUUCUGCAACGAGAGGUUCACGCACCUGCCUGACGUCAGCGGACCAGUGAUCGAGCCUCCUCCGCCGGCGCCGGUGCUCCUGAACCUGCUGGUUUGCUCUCUGCUGCCCGUCACGAUGCUCUCGAUGGCGCUGCUGCUGUGCUUCUGGAUGUACCGGCACCGCAAGCCUCCUUACGGACACGUGGACAUCAACGAGGAUCCGGGUGCGUCUCCUCCCUCGCCGCUGCUGGGUCUGAAGCCUCUUCAGCUGCUGGAGGUUAAAGCUCGAGGACGCUACGGCUGCGUCUGGAAAGCUCAGAUGAUGAAUGAUUAUGUAGCCGUGAAGAUCUUCCCCGUUCAGGACAAGCAGUCGUGGCAGAACGAGCGCGACAUGUUCUCCACGCCGGGCAUGAAGCACGAGAACCUGCUGCGCUUCAUCGCCGCCGAGAAACGCGGAAGCAACCUGGAGACGGAGUUCUGGCUCAUCACCGAGUUUCAUGAGCGGGGCUCGCUGACGGACUAUCUGAAGGGGAGCGUGCUGAGCUGGACGGAUCUGUGUCACAUCGCGGAGACGAUGGCCUGCGGUCUGGCGUAUCUUCACGAGGACGUGCCUCGCUGUAAAGGAGAAGGUCCUAAACCGGCCAUCGCUCACAGAGACUUCAAGAGCAAGAACGUGAUGCUGAAGGCAGAUCUGUCGGCGGUGCUGGGGGACUUGGGGCUGGCGGUGCGCUUCGAGCCGGGGAAGCCUCCGGGAGACACACACGGUCAGGUCGGGACGUGGCGCUACAUGGCUCCGGAGGUGCUGGAGGGGGCCAUUAACUUCCAGCGGGACGCCUUCCUGCGGAUAGACAUGUACGCCGUGGGGCUGGUGCUGUGGGAGCUGGUGUCGCGCUGCAAAGCUGCAGACGGUCCUGUAGACGAGUACAUGCUGCCGUUUGAGGAGGAGAUCGGCCAGCAUCCGUCUCUGGAGGAUCUUCAGGAUCUGGUGGUUCAUAAGAAGAUGAGGCCUGCGUUUAAAGACUGCUGGCUCAAGCAUUCAGGUCUGGCGCAGUUGUGCGAGACGAUCGAGGAGUGCUGGGAUCACGACGCGGAGGCGCGGUUAUCAGCCGGCUGCGUGGAGGAGCGAAUCUCUCAGAUCCGCCGCCUGGCGAGCGUCACUACCUCAGACUGCCUGCUUUCCACCGUCACCUCGCUCACCAACGUGGACCUGCCUCCCAAAGAGUCCAGCAUCUGACCCUCGUCUUUCCAAACUCAGAGAAUCUCAAACCACAUCGAAGCAGCUGCUAUUUUAUCCUAGCGUUUUUUUUUACUUUAUUAUUAUUAUUGUUGUUGUUAUUAUUGUUAUUGUUAUUUUUCUGAUCGGAUCAGUAACUACCAGCACACUUCUCUACUGUAUUUUUAUCAUCAGAGCAAACGCAGAAGAUUUUUAAACAUGCAUUCAGGUGCCGACAAAUGAAUGCUGACCGGUGCACGUACCUCGACGUUUUCAGUUCUGCCGAUUCCGUUGAUUUUUCUCGCUCAUCUUCUUCUGGUUUUUCCGUUCGGAUCGACGAGCAACCAGUUCAUCUGAAGAUUCAACAGUGCUGCAAACCCCGCGAGGAUCAUGAUGACUGUUACAUGCGCAACCCGACCUCCUCGCCGGGAUUUCGCGUUCUUAAUUCUCUUUUUCCGACAGUGUGCUAUUCGAAAAUUACGGAAAACGUGUCUUUUACGGAACUAACGGGUGUUGAGGAACACGACGGAAAAGACAUCUGGACUAAUUCCUUUCUUUCUUUCUUUUGUUUCGGUUUUAUUUCGUGGUUGGCUUUUAUCGAGUGGAUAUGGCUGGAAACUCUUGCAUGUGGAAAUAUGGGAGGUUUGGUACGGAAAUCUUUCUCAGGUAUCCAGUGUCAAGGGGUCCAUGACUGCCUUUCCCACGUCAUUAUAGGACAGAGAGAAAUAUAACAGUGCCCUGAUGAAUUUAACACUAAACAUGCAAGACCGUGUGUGUGAGUGAGUGAGUGUGUGUGUGUUUGGUGCUGAGAGUUUGUUGAAAAUAGAAAAAAAGACCAUAAAAAGUUUGGCCCGUAUGAACGUAAGUGUUGGUUUUUCCUGUCUAGUUUCUCUUGUAAUAAUGCAACAUGUGUUUUGGACUCAGAAGGGUGAAAUUCUGGGUCAAAACACCUCGAAAUCAAAGGAAAAAAAUAAGAAAUGAUAUUUGUCGUAAAUAAAAUGAAGGCUUUUUAGGAGCAUUAAGAUUUUUUUUUUUUUAAUUGUGG